AUGGGUAAGAAUAAAAAGAAUAGCGUUCCAGGUGAAGAGCACCUUGUCUUACCACUUCACCCAUACACCGAGGCUGCUGCUACCCCAGCAUCCAUCACUCCCAUCGUCGAUACCCACACCCAUCUCCUCUCGACAUUCUCUGCUUACCGACAGAAAUAUAAGUUUGCCAAGCAUGAAGAUGUCUUUGCUUUCGUGAAGGGAUUAUACAGUGGUCGCAAUAUUGAGGCUAUCAUAGACGUAUGGUGUGAGGCUCCAGUGCAGGCUGCUUGGAAGGAGCUCGCAGAUUCGGCCUUGACUGCCCAUGAUAGAGAAGUGAAAUGGGCUGGGGUUGAGUAUUGGUUCGUCAUGGGUAAGCUUCCCGUUGUUAACUUAAAACUUCACCAAGCCAAAGAAUAUAACGACGAAGUAGAAGCCUCCAUCUUAGAGGCGAUGACCCACCCGCGAUGCGUUGGAUGGGGCGAGAUUGGUCUCGAUUAUCACUAUGAUAAUUCACCUCGAGAUAUUCAGCAGACUGUAUUGAUUCGCCAACUGCGACAAGCCAUUAAAUUGGGAAAGCCUUUGACAAUUCAUACAAGAGAGGCUGAAGAAGAUACCGAGAGGAUUUUGAAACAAGAAGUUCCUCGAGACCAUAAGAUACACGUCCACUGCUAUACAGACUCGCCAGAGCUUGCCCAAAGGUUACUCGAACACUUUCCAAAUCUUCAUAUCGGUGUGACAGGGGUUAUCACUUAUUCAACGAAUCUCAAUACAUCUGCCCUCGUUCGACAGAUGUCCGGACAGCCCAAUACACUUCGAAUCCUAUUGGAGACAGAUGCCCCCUUCAUGAUCCCAUCAAACCUUUAUCCUUCACUCUCAGCCGUGAAAGGCCGACUACCACUUUGCCAUACUGCAAUGAUCCCUUGGGUGGCUGAAUAUGCUGCAAACGUCGCUGGUGGUAGUUGGGAUACAACUAAGAUCAUGCAUCAGGCAAGAGAAAACGCGAGAUUGGUUUAUGGAAUAUAG